GAAUGAAUAUCGAAGACAAGUUGCACCAAAUUUUUCUUAAAUGCAGCAGUAUAGGUGAGAUGCAGUCUUCAGGCCCAUGGUUGUGGUGGGCAGAGUCUCUGAUCAAUCAUCUGUGCUUGUGGGAGCACAGGAAACUAUAUUGGAAGAGGGGGAGGUUUCUCACGAUGAACUUCUCCAAGAAGAAGCCGUUUUGCAGGGAGCUACACUGACCCAGGAGGAACUCAUUUCACACGACGAACUAAUGAUUCACGAAGAGACGGUUAAAAACGACGAGGAUGAAAAUGAUGGACAUGAAAGGCUGCCUCAGGAAUUAACCUAUGAACUGAAUGUAAAUGUAAAACAAGAAAUACAGUAUGCUGAAGAAGCUGGACAGCUAAAGAGAAAUAAGAGACAACCAAAAGAUGGAAUAGAUUUACAGAAGAAAAAGAAAAGAAAACAGCGUUCCCCAUCAAAGGUUCUAACAAUAAAUGAAGAUGGCUCAUUUGGGCUAAAAUGCCUGAAAUCACACAUCUGUGAACAUUGCAGUGCUGCCUUUCGUACCAACUACCAUCUACAAAGACACGUCUUCAUUCACACAGGUGAAAAGCCAUAUCAGUGCAGCCAGUGCAACAUGCGGUUUAUUCAGAAGUACUUGCUGCAAAGGCAUGAGAAAAUUCACACAGGUGAGAAACCGUUUUGCUGCGAUGAAUGCGACAUGAGGUUCAUACAGAAAUAUCAUAUGGAGAGACAUAAGCGAACUCACAGUGGGGAGAAACCAUAUCAGUGCGAAUACUGCCACCAGUACUUUUCUAGAACUGAUCGGGUAUUAAAGCAUAAACGCAUGUGCCACGAAAACCGAGACAGAAAGCUGAAGUGUGCGUUGAAGUUGGGUGAUCUGGGAGACAGUGAAGACCCGAAUCUGCCCUCGACACAGAAAGCAAACCCGUUGCCUCGAAAAAAGAAGCAAAAAACAGGGGAGAAGUCCAAGACUUCAAUGGCAAUCUGUGAGAAAGACAGGACAGUGGAUAAAGUCGAUCACAAAAAUGGCCCUGCCAAUGACGGCAAUUUCUCAGCACUCUAUACUGUUGGCUCAAAAGUGAAAGAUGAAUAUAUGGUGGCAGAGUACUCUGUGGAAAUGCCCCAUUCAUCAACCGCCGAUGGCAGUGUUGAGAGCACUUCUGGAGAAAUCCAUCCACCCAAAUUGGUCAUCAAGAAAGUUAAUAGUAAACGACAGCAGAAACCACAGCUGGAACCAAGCCAAACCAUACCUGCGUUAUCUACGUACGAAGAGAGUAAAGUGUCUAAAUACCCUUACGAACUUGUCGAUAAACCGACCUUGCUGGAUUCCGAGGGUAAUCAUGACAUCGACCCGGCUGAUUCCUUACAGGAAGGUCCCAGUAAGCCUGUGCAGAGCAGUAACAAUUAUGACGACGCAGUGCAGUUCAUGAAGAAAAAACGGUACUUGCAAGCAGCGAGUAAUAACAACCGAGAGUAUGCCCUGAAUGUAGGUCAGAUCGCAUCUCAACCAUCAGUGACUCAGGCAGCCGUGGCCAGUGUUAUUGAUGAGACUGCAGCCACCGCUAUGAUGGACUCUCAAUCGCUCAGCGUUGACAUCAAGAGCAGCCACGACAAGAGUGGGAUUCCUGACGAGGUGCUGCAAACUUUGCUGGACCAUUAUUCUCACAAGGCUAAUGGGCAACACGAGCUGCCUUUCGGCGUGGUCGAUACAGAAGUGGCCUCAUCCAUGUCCAUAAACAAUUCAGAUGUAACCGAGGUGGCCCAGGCCGAGAGACCGGGGGCCAGUUCCCACUCAGCACCCACCGAGAAAGUCAAUAUGCUUCAGGAAUAUUCAAAAUUCCUGCAGCAAGCUCUGGAUAGAACUAGCCAGAAUGAUGCGUAUUUACCCAGUCCUAAUCUCACUUAUGGAAACGAUGCUCAGGCUCUUUCUAGUCAACCAAUGUUUUCUUCCAUGGCCUCAAUGGCAAUGCAGAGUGGCUUUCGGCCAGCCAUGGAUUCCCCUCUCCGAUCGUCUACCGAGAAAUCCCAUUACGGUUUGUUGGUCGGUGACUCCCAGCACACGUUCUCUUUUGCGGGAGACGAGACGAAUCCCAGCUCGGUCCCGUCGCCAGAGUUUCUGGAUCAGGUGUCGUCUCAGAAGAAGGUCGAGUCCCAGCCGGUCCAUCAGGCCUACCAAAUGGGCAGAUUUGAACAGACAUUCAGAUCUCAGUACCAGAACACAAGGUCUGCCAUGCCUCCCCAGUACAGCGCUGGAAACGGACAAGUAAACCGAGCCCGUGGGUCUAACGCAGAAUUUUCAGAAUUUCCCUUAGUGAGUGUGCCCGAGGGCAGAGCGCAAAUGACUUCUUCACCAGAUGCUACAGCGAGCCAGGCCUUCGGUUAAUCUGCUGUUGUAAUAUUUGUAAUAUAGCAUUAGCAUUUCACAGCGACAAUUCCCGUGUUAAGCGCUGCUCUGUAUAGAAUGGAGUGCUUCUACGGUCUGUAGUUAAUACAUUUUUCUCCAUUGGUUUAACACAUUUCCAGGGAAGUCUGGUAAUGUAGGCCUCUCCGAUUAACCAAAACACCUUGAUGCUGCAGCGCAUCAUCAAUUGAACACCGAUUUUAUUUUGUUGUGUAUCUCGGCCAGACACAGUUUGCCCAAGGUUAUUGUGUUGUGGCAGAGUUUAACUUGUCUAACACUGACACUGCUGCUACGCGCCCAAACUUGUAACUUGCCCCCCAUAUUUUGGCACUUUCCAAAAAGAAAAAAUACAAAUGUCACUGGUAUUUGUAAGGUGUGACCAUUGCCGGUUAAAUGUUUAUUGGAUUCAAUCUUUAAAUUUAAGCACUUUCCUGAUUUACUAAAGAUUGUAAACAAAACUAACAGUUUUAUCUGUCUAAAUAUAUUGAAGAUACUUAAUGGGUAACUAACGUAUCAUUCUUAUUCAGCUUGUGACAAAAUCCACAUAACUCAUAAGUGGGUAAAAUGGUUUCUUAUAGGUACCGAUUGAGUAUUCUGCUGAUACCAUCAAUUUUUUAUUAAUUAUUUAUUUUAGGAUUGCCUAUGUUGCAAUUCGAGUGGGAACUAUCCGAGCGCAAAGAGUGCUUUAAUAUUUCCUCAGUUGUGUUUAAUAUUCACACAAUCCUGAUUAAUAUCGCCCCAAUCAUGUGGUGCAGAUGACACCCAGCCCCCCCCCCCCAAGGUGUUUGACUGCCUUAUUAAAUCAUCUGUACCACCUACUUUUGUCCAUUCACAAUAUUGAAUUGUUCAAUAUUUCUAAGUCCUGCCAUAGAAAGUUAGCAUUACUUCACUAACUGUGUAGAUAAGACGAUCUUGUCUAACGUAUCCACCGUAUUUUCAAGACUCGCAGUUUAAAAUGCAGCUUCUGCACAAAACAUGCCACAAAACUGCUAUAUUUGCAGCUUCAUUAGAAUUUUUAAAAAUGUUUUUGCGCCAUGUGGAAUGGUUGUAUUUCAACCAACAAUCGAUAAAUUUACCAAUUUUUGAAAUUCUACUCCAGAGUCCCGCGUAACUGCACGUUAAAGACUUUCUUGUGGUCAACUUACAAAACUUGCAUUUUCCACAAUUAAAAUCAUGUGGUAAUGAUUUCUUCAAUGGUUGAUUACAGAAUAUAUUAGACUAUUAAUUUCCAGCCAGAAGUCACUUUCUUUGAGUUCAAGUAAAUUAGACACUGCUUAAUAAGUGUUUGGGCAGGAAACUGAAUGGGAUGAUUAAAUUCUAUUUUCUACGUAAACUAAUGAUGCUCUUCAAAAUAGUGUAUUAAAAACCCAGAUGUCUGCUUUUGGGGGCAGAGAGUGUUCAAAUUCAGAGGCGGCAAUUAGGGAAAUCUUUCUUCUCUCCCCAGAAUGUGGAAGAUUUGGGUUUGCUAUUAAUCAAAGCAAUACUUGAAUUCUUCAACCUGCUGUAAAAAAAAGCUUAUUUUAAGAAUGUUUCCACCAAAGAUGUAGAUUUUAUAUUUAUAUUUGUACUGUCUUCAUAAUGUUUGAAACAUUCUGGGGUAUUUACUGGGAGAGAGAUAGUAAAUGGAAAAUUAUGUACGAAGGAAUUCUUAGAAUAUGUUUUUGUCCCUUUAAUAUUUGUUGCCUGCCCUCUGGUGAACCUGUUAUGCACUAGUAAUUAUAAAGAAAUAUCUUUUGUGUAAAUGCAACACAUUUCAGAAAAGAUCCAUUGUUUUCAACUCUUCCACAUUCAUCUCAACACUUCUCAAGUACUUGUCAAUGUUAAGUCCAAUCUUAUUGAUUAUUUUCUGCACAAAAAUAUCUUUCGCUAUGAACUUGGAAACACUGGACCAAAUCUGAUGAAGGUCUGUCAAUUAUAGUGUUUCUGGGUUCUUUGUAGAGUCCAUUAGAAAUUGUCCUUAGUUUGUUCAGUUUGAAAAGAUUAACGUGAAAAAAACGUGUAUGGGGGAUAAAAAAUCAUUCAGCUAUGAAGAUAUGGAAACAAGUGGGGACUCUGAGUAGGUUAGAUAACUGCAACUUUAAAUACACUCUUAACAUCACAUUGACUCCCUUUUUAAUUAACAGUUUUAAUUCUUAAAUGCUGGAAUUCUGUACUCAGAAACAUUCAGCUUUCCAUUUUACUGCACACUCGGUUGCUUCAAAUUAUACCUGUCGUUUUUAUCUUUUAUUCAUCUUGAGUUAUAAUGAUGCACAUUUAAAAUGUUUUCAUCAGAAAGUAUAUAAUAUAUAUAUAUAUAUAUAUCAAUAAAAAACGAUCUGAACUUUAAUCCCAAUCCCAAACCAGUUUGGGCUUUAUAGCAGCAGGUGAGAGUGUUGUCUUGGUGCAGUUGCUGUGCAAUUGCAGUCGUUUGAUUAGCUUUUGGUUAGAGCAGUUGAUGCAUUGCAUUUUAUCCAGCGUGUGAACAGUGAGUGAAUUUUUGUUAAGCACUGCGAUUUGUACUCGUGGUUCUGUUGAAGCAACUUCAGAUUCUUUAGUCAAAUUAUUCCAUCACACCUUAUUUAAGCAAUUAUUACGAAUAUGGCUUUACAUUACGCAGGCUUCAUUUUUGGCUCUUGAUGUUGAUAAAUGGAAAUUUUUAUGGAGCUAUUUUUAUAUCAAUAGGUCAUCUUGUCUCUGAAUAACAUCCAAUAUCUUUGUAUGAGGUGGAGGGAGGUGUUGAAUUUUGGAAAUAAUCUUCCAUGGGGAGGGGGUGGAGGGGGAACAAAGUCACUAACUUAAGAUCUGUGUGAAACCUAUACAUAUUCAUGUUUAGCGUUGGAAGUCAUAUAAACACAGAAGAAUCUUUACUAUGGGGAAAAAAAACUUUCAAAGCUUACAAUAUUAAAUUAUGAACAUUUUUUUAAACAAAAAAAAAGCCUUGACUUGUAUUCUAUUGCAAUGGGAACUCAAUAGCUUAUAAUUCAUAUUUUUGUGUAUAUAAUAAAUUAACGUUCAAACAAGAGCAGUCAGACUAGUUAACUUUUCACCUUAUAGGAGAAUAUUGCUGGAGAGGGUUUGACACUGCAUUAUCUAUACAGAGCAGCGAAAUGAAUGAAACGUUAACGUAUAGAAAGUGAAACAGCAUCCAAUUUAUAAUUGCAGUUGCAUAUAAAUUUUAUAUGUUGUUUGCUAGCCCUUUAUAAAUGGAUGAAGUUGCCAAGUGAUACUUUUCUGGCCUCUUUAGUACACUGGUCAAUUUUAUAUGUAAGCUUGCUUUUCGAUGAAUGAAGACGUGUUAAAUAGAAGCAACAAUUUUGUAGUAUAUUGUAAAAGUUUAAAUUUGUUACAAACUCUUGGGCACAGCCAAUGUAAAAAGCAAAGUUUACUUUUAUUUGUUUAAAAUUUAAAUUUGUGUGUACAAUACAUACAUAAUCAACCUGGGCGAGGGAAUUGUGUGUUUAUAAGAGUCACCGAGUCUAUCCUUUUGUUCACUGCAUGAUAAAACUUGUUCUCUUUAACUUAGUUAUAUCUUUUACAUUCAGGUUUUAAACACUGAUGCGCAAAUGUUUGAGGGAAUGGAAUUCAUCAGUGACUGAUCGAGCAAGUUUGAUAAAUUGCAGUCUGGUCAAAUAUGUAGAUAUAUAAUAAGCAAAUCCCACAUAAUGCUUUAAUCAAUUAUCAAACUGUAUACAGUACUUUAUAAACUGUAUUAGAAUAUUUGGAAGCAUCAGGUUUUCAUCUUUUAAAGGCGUCUUUUUAAUGCAUAGAUAUAAAUAAAUGGUAUGAAAUCCUUGUUAGACAUCUGUUGGUCCUUAUUCUUAAACCAUGAUGCUGAACAAACAUUUGCAAGGUGGUAAUACUACCAUGUCUUAAAGGAUUUUGAUCGGACAAUUUGUGUGAGUGUAUGGUGUGUGUGUGUGUGUGUGACAAUUGUGUGAAACCUGCUACUGUAAUGUUCACUUUGUCUUCAUAUCAGUGACAUCUUUACCGCAGUGAAUACCUUUCUGCCUAAUCAUUGUUUUAGUUACAAAAAUAAAACUACAAACAAACUUAA